UCUUUCUCUCUCAUUCUCUUUUCUCUCACAUUCUUAUUUGUAGCUUCCUUCUCUCUUGUCUUUGAGAACGCACACACAUAAACACAAGGAGGUCAGAUCCCAAAGGUGGUUAAUCUGUCCAUCAAUCAAUCCAUAUACAUUGUUCAGUCAAUCUUAUCAAUCAAUCAAAUCAAACUGUGAGAGAGUAUCAAACAGGAGAGAGAGUAGAAAGGGCAAAGGUGAGGAAAAACAUGUCAUCUUCAGCUGCUUUUUCACCGGACCACCACCACCACCACCUCUCUCCUCCCUCCGAGCAGCUCUGCUAUGUCCAAUGCAACUUCUGUGAUACUGUACUCGCGGUGAGCGUUCCUUGCAGCAGUUUGUUCACUACCGUUACUGUUCGAUGUGGCCACUGCACUAAUCUCUUGUCUGUCAACAUGCGAGCUCUUCUCUUUCCUGCUUCAGCCGCAGCUGUUGCCGCCAACGCCGCAGCUAAUCAACUCCAUCUUGCCCAUAAUUUCUUCUCUCCUCAAAACCUUAUGGAUGAGAUGAGAAACGCCCCAUCCAAUUUGUUCAUCAACCAUCCAAAUCCAAAUGAGCCCGUUACUCCUGUUCGAAUUGAUGAGCUUCCCAAACCUCCCGUGGCAAACAGACCUCCAGAGAAGCGCCAAAGAGUGCCUUCUGCUUACAACAGAUUCAUCAAGGAAGAGAUCCAACGUAUCAAAGCAGGAAACCCUGAUAUCAGUCACAGAGAGGCCUUCAGUGCAGCUGCAAAGAAUUGGGCCCAUUUUCCUCACAUCCACUUCGGACUUAUGCCUGAUCAACCCGUGAAGAAACCCAAUGUGUGCCAACAGGAAGGAGAUGAUCUGCUCAUGAAAGAUGGAUUUCUGACCACCGCCAAUGUGGGUGUUUCGCCUUACUGAGUGAAAGCGCUAAGAUCGAUUGAUAUAAAUAGCUAGCUAGGGUUUCUAAGUUUCCACAUGCACUUUGGCUUGUCUUUGCUUGAAUGUCUAAUUAAGACUUCAAUAAUUAGGUGUUCUUGUUUUUAUGCUAUCGUCUUGAAAUGAAAGUCUCUCACGUUAUGGUGAUCAAUAGGGGAGAAUCGGAUUAUAACUGGAAAAGUCUCAGUAAAGUCUAGUAGAAAGCCAUUUCAUCUUGACUCCAUCUAAUGAA